CCGUUACACCCAGAUUCACGCCCAGUCUCGCUCAGUCCGGCAGGGGGCAGCAGACUCCAGUCCCAGGAUCAGGGCCAGGACCGAAAGCCGUGCCGCCGGAGCGAGUGGCCGGGUCCCGAGCGAGUGACCGGGUCCCGAGCGAGUGACCAGGUGUGGCCGCCGCCUGAGAUGCUACAGCGCCGGCACUGCAGGUGGUACAGCCAAGUAACAACCUCCGCUGCACCGGGAGAGCACCGACCCGGUAGGACCGAGCUGCGGAAGAGGGAAUGCUGCGCAUGCGCAUGCGGGGGCGGGGCCCGGUGCUUUCCGGAACCAGCAGCCCCGCCCACUGCUGGGAGGUGAGCUCUCGGAGUGGGAAGGCGCUGGCGGCAAGGUUAGCUUCUCGGUUCCAGGUCCUUCUUCUAUAUUCAGCCCCACUGGACCACUUCUUGGGCAUCAACAACCAUCCUGUUUUAAUUCUUCAUCCCACAGACAUUGAGAAUUUUCCAUCGUUGCCUCCUUUUCAGCGCCAUCCCCUCCUGUGCCUUGGGCUCCCAACCCCAGACCCUUCCUAACAGUGUUUCAGCUGCUUCUGUGAGGCCUGCAGUAUCUCGCGGUCACUCAAGUUAACUUCCUGCCAGGGCUGCAUUGCAUUGCAUCCUUCAGUGGUUUCCCGUGGACCAAGCGUGUGUGUCUCUGCCACCACAGGGGAGCUGUCUCACAACAAAGCAAAGAGCACGUUGAAAGGGAAUCAGUCAACAAGCACACGUCCUUGUUACCCCUUUCCUGUUCUUAGAUGUGAAGAGGAGCGGGUACAAAAAGGAAAGAAUUACAAGACUUGAACCUUGCCAAUGGACCUGAUUGGUUUUGGUUAUGCAGCCCUGGUGACAUUCGGAAGCAUUUUGGGAUAUAAGCGGAGAGGUGGUGGUCUGUCUCUGAUUGCUGGCCUUUUCAUUGGAUUUUUGGCUGGCUAUGGAGCUUACCGUGUCUCCAAUGACAAGCGAGAUGUAAAGCUGUCACUGUUUACAGCUUUCUUCCUGGCCACCAUGAUGGGGGUGAGAUUUAAGAGGUCCAAGAAAAUCAUGCCAGCUGGACUGGUUGCAGGUUUAAGCCUCUUGAUGAUCCUGAGACUUCAGUUACUGCUGCUUUGAGAAUCCAGAGAAAGUGAAAACUAAAUCUGAGUCUUUCUGCUCUAACGGCCAGAAGCCUACUGUUUGUACCGAAAAGAUAAAUUCCAGUAUGGAAUGUUCAAUGUGGUCUUAUUUUAUGUCGGAAACUACCCAAGAAACACUGUCGCCUCUAAUAUGGACACUAGUUUGAAGGAUUUUUGUUUUUUUUUUAAAUAAAUAGUUUAACUGUUUUCUAUUGUUAGAUUCUGAUUUCAUUAAAGAUAUUUUAAUGAAAUUGUGAUGUACAUCAUAAAUUGUGAUGUACUCUUUGAUUUUCUAUGUCAUGUUUUAUAGAUGGUGGUUCCAAAUACUCAUGUCUGGAGUAAGUUUAAACUAUAAACUAUAACUUAUCAGAUGAUGGAAUGCCCUAAGUGGGCUUCAUAGAAUGCUCUUGUAUCUAUUUGUCAUUUGUGUUAUAUUCGAUUUUUUUUCCCAUUUUAAUUGUAUUUCUGCCAGUGUUUUUUCUUCCUUUAAUAAACUUCAUCUCCAGCACACUCUGUACAAAUAGAAUGUAUUCAGUAUUCAAAUAAAAGACCUGUUUUAAGCCUG